GUAUAAAUACUCCACAGAAGUUUAACUUGUCGCUGCAGUGUGUCUGUAUGUCAGUGUGUGUGUCUCAGUGUGGGAGGAACAGUGAGUUUAUUUAUGAAGAAUCUAAACUAAGUUAUUUGCACUUUAAUAUUAAAGGCAGCUUUGCUGAAACCACAGGAAAAACAGUCCACUCCUGAAAAUCAAGACUGCCACCAUGGUUGCUACAAGCACUUUAAAGACCAAAAGCAGCGAAUGCAUCUCAGACUUGGCUGACAGAAGAUAUGACCAGGCUUGCAUAGAGAAAGAGCUAGACUUCUGGGCUCACUGCUUAGCUGAACCCCUGAGGAAUUCAGAAGUCACAGAGGACAAAACCUGUCAACAGCUGGCCAAGAUGUUCGAAAACAGCCUUUCACGAGCCAAGAAGACAACGCUGCACUGCUCCUCUGUUCUGGUACCAGAGAAGCUCACAAGAAGGAUAGCUCGUGAAGUCCUGCGGCUGGCGUAUUGCGAGCCCUGCGGCCUGCGUGGCUGCGUCCUCUACAUCCACCUGGAGCUUGAAAAGGGCUGCAAGCGGCUGGAGCGCAUCGUAUAUGAUGCCACCGUGGUGCCCACAUUUGAGCUGACUCUUGUGUUCAAGCAGGAUGGCACAGCCUGGCCCAGCCUACGAGACUUUCUCUUUUUGGGGGCAUGCUUUGCCCCAACUUUUAGGCAUGUACUUAAACUGAGUCCAGGUUUCCGACUUGUCAAAAAAAAGCUGUACUCCUCCGCGGCUGGCACCGUGGUAGAAGAGUGCUAAACUUUUUGGAGGGAUUAAAGCAGUAUAUUGGGUUUCUUGUGGGUAUACGCACUUCUGCCCAAAUGUCAAUGGCACUCCAGUGGUGUCACUAUUUCUACAGUCUUUUUGUACAAUAGUUAGUCAGUUCAGCUCUUAGUAGCCAGUCAGUUCAGUUUGGGACAUGGGAUGUUAAAAGGUUAAAAGCUUUUGCAUAUAUGAGCCUGAUAGUUUCGGGUUUGCCUUCAGUGUUUCUAGUGCAUUUUUUUCAUCAGCAUAAUUGUAAUAUUGUGGGUGUUGGUUUUUUCUAAUUGGAGCAACUGUCGCUCAAACACAAUUUUAAACUGUACAUUAUGCAGAUGAAUGUAAAACUAUGUUUGAGAGGGACAUACUGUGGGUACACUUUGUUGGAGACACUCGCCACUUUGUUGAUGCAUCUGUGUGUUUCCAGAUACAUUGAAUGUGUUUGGCAACUGUAAACACACCUAGGCUUAAAUAGGACACUGCAAUCUAGUCUAUGGGGGCCAUAUGUAGCAAGUUGUGCAAUGUUGUUUUCAGGGCUGCGGAUGUUUUUAGGAGAGAAUGUUUUGUGAUGAUGCUGCCGUCACGGUGUGGGCUUCUCAUGCCGUGACAUGUUGAUGCCUUAAAUGUCACAGAAAUGUACAUUUUUUUCACUUUGGUCACAGAUAUAUGUACGUCUGUAUGUGUGAAUGUUUUUAAUAUCUAAUAAUUCUUAAGCCCCCUUAAGCCUCUUGGUAUUUAAAAGGAUGGUUCGCCCAAAUUUAAAAGCUUAAUUGUUUUCAAUGUCAUUUGUUAUUUGGGAUGAGAAGAAAUUGCUGGAGGUCCAACUGAUAAUUGUGAUUUUUUUUUUUUUUCUUUUCUUUUUUUUGUGGAUUCCUUAAAGUUUUUUUUAAAUGCCUUUGAACUUCCUGUUGAUGGAAACUAAAAAUCUUGUCUAUCAGACAAUUAAAAGUUUAAACCUCUU